CCCAACGCAGGCCUAGGCGGCCACGGCCGCAACUCAAGCCUGGGAGACCACGCCCCCAGCGCAGGCCUGGGAGACCACGCCCCCAAUGCAGGCCGACGCGACCACGCUCCCUAUUCAGGCCUGGACGACCACGCCCCCAACACAGGCCUAGGCGGCCACGCCCCUCUUGUGACCACCUCCCGGAGGUCUAUAGGUCAGGUGUCAACGUUUGACCUUGCGGCCCUUAGGCUUGUUUGUGUUUCGGGCCGGAGUUCAGGCUGCUCAGGUCCCGGAGCCAUGUGGCGGGUGGUCCGGGCCGCUCUCCAGCCCCUUGGGAUGCCCCUGCAGCUCUGGAGGUCGAUAUCCACCUCGUCCCUUUUCUCCCAGAAAGUCGUGACCCUGACCAUCACGCCCCAAACAGGACUAGCCGACGAGCUCCUGCAUAUUAAAGUGGAGGGUUUAGGCCCCGGCGAGCCGGUGACCCUGAGGACGCUGGCCACCAGUUACCGAAGCCGCCUCUUCCACUCAUUCGCCCACUAUGAGGCGGACGGCCGCGGGACGCUGGACCUGGCCCGGGCCCGGGCUCUGGGCGGCGGCUUCACGGGGGUGGAGCCCAUGGGGCUCCUGUGGAGCCUCGCCCCGGUCGGGGCCGGCCUGGAGGGCGCCCAGGUCAGCCAGAUGCGCAGGGGCGUGAUGCAAACCCCCAUCAAGGUGGAAGUGACAGUUCACAAGUCGCGACAGCCCGCGGUGCCGUUGGGCCCGGCGCUGGCUUCCGUGCAGGUGCAACGCUGGUUCUCCAGCCCAGAGCUGGGCCGCACCCGGCUGCAAAACGGCCGCCUGCGGGGCGUCUUUCUGCUGCCCCCAGGAGAUGGUCCUUUUCCUGGUUUGAUUGAUAUCUUUGGUGAUGGAGGAUUAAAUGAAUCUCGAGCAAGUCUCCUAGCUUGUCGAGGUUUUGCUACUCUGGCUUUGCCAUUUUUUGACUACGAAGAUCUCCCUCCACUCAUGAAGGACUUAAAUUUAGAUUACUUUGAGGAGGCAGCUAGAUUUGUGCAGAAUCAUCCAAAGGUCAAAGGUCCCAUGAUCGGAGUGGUUGGUUCUGGCAAAGGGGCGGAGUUGGCAUUCUCCAUGGCCAGCUUUCUCCCUAAUAUAGCUGCAGUGGUGAGCAUCAACGGCUGCAUCUCUAACACGGCUACUGCCCUUAAGUGUGGGAGUCUGACUCUACCGGGACUGCCUUUUAACCUAGACAAAAUCUCUGCCAUGGAGUCCGGGGUGUACGAUGUCCAAGAAGCCCUGGAGGACCCUUUGAACCCAGACUACCAGGAAAGCCGAAUCCCGCUCGAAAAAGCCAGUGCCCAUCUCCUCUUCAUCGUUGGGGAGGAUGACCGCCACUGGAAGAGCUCUGUUUAUGCUGCCGCCGCCGCCACGCACCUCACAGAGCACGGAAAGACAAAUUUCACUCUUCUAAGUUACCCCAAUGCUGGUCACAGAAUAGAUCUCCCUUACAGCCCUUUUUGCCCCAUAUCCCUGGACCCCAUGUUACAGCUGCCUGUUUGUGGAGGGGGACAGCUCAAAGGCCAUGCUGUCGCUCAGAUUGAGUCUUGGAAGGAGAUCUUGGAGUUUCUGUACUUGCAUCUAGGGUAAAGGCGAGCAAAGCAUGCAGUUAAAUUUACAGUAUGCUUAGCACAAAUAAAGGGUUGCUUUUUAAAAGGAUCAUGCCAACUUUUUUUUUGUUUGGUAACUUGCCUGUGAAAGCAGUACAUUGAAUGGACAGACAUUUCCUCAGCAUAACAAAGGCUGUUUAAGACAAACUCACAACUAGCAUCAUUCUCAAUGGGGAAAAACUGAAAAGUUUUCCCUAAAAUUGGGAACUAAACAAGGAUGUCCACUGCCACCACUAUUAUUCAACAUAAUCUUUGUGUUCUUCACCACUGCAAUCAGAUGAAAAAGAGAUAUCAAAGGUAUACAUUUUAGAAGGGAGGAAAUCAAACUCUCACUAUUUGCUGAUGGUAUGAUAAUAUACCCAGAGAACUCCAAAGACUCCAGCAAAAAUCUACUGGAAAUAAUUCAGUAAAGUAGAAAGAAGUAAAAUAAGUA